GGGUGCUCCAAUUUAGACAAAACUUAGAGGCAAAUACUCAUUUAUUUCAUUUUCCAUUUUUCAAAAUCUCUCUCUGAAACUCCCUUUCCCUCUGUCUUCAAGUCUCGGUUCUUCCAUGCUUGGAACUUUGGAUCGGCAGAUUGGAGUAUUCGGAUGUUGAAUUUGAGAGGUGAAUUCUGAGAGAGAACAGCAAGCAAUAAAGAUGCACAAACAUGGGGAAACAGCCAUAGAUCUUAAACAGUCCACAAUGAAGGAACCUUUUGCUACCUUUCUGUUAUUAUGUAGUAGAUGUGGAUGAGUUUAGAUGAAGACUGACUUGUCUUUCUGCUUGAAGAAAAUUUGCUUAAGGCCUGAGUAAGGGAUGAGGAAGCAUCAAUGGAGAGAAUCCAUAAAGUCUUUUUUUGGAAAUCACAUCGAUCCUGUAAAGGAUGAACAACUGAAGGGAAAUAAAACAGAGAUUGACGAUAAAGUGAAAACGUUAUUGGAGCUUAUAAAAGAGGAAGGUUUAGAUGAAAAGGAUGGGAACGGAGAUGGAAACUUGAAAAGACAACCACUUAUUGAACUAAUUGAGGAUUUCCAUAGAAAUUAUCAAUCUCUCUAUGACCGAUAUGAUAAUCUCACUGAGAUACUAAGGAAAAAAAUUCAUGGCAAACCGGAGAAAGAUACUUCAUCUACCACUAGCUCAGACUCAGACUCAGAUCAUUCAACAAAGGAAAGGAGUGAUAAAAAUGGAAAAGCUUUGAGCAAAAACCCAGAAACAGAGGAAAUUAUCAUGCAUUGGAAAUCUGAAGUUGAAAGGUUGGAUGGUGAAAAAACUGAACUUUUGGUUGAGAAUGGAAAUCUGAAGCAAAAACUGGACAAUGCUAGUAAUGUAGAAGCUGAACUGAACCAGAGACUGGAAGAUUUAAAUCGGGAGAGAGAGAAUUUAAUCAUGGAAAAAGAGACUGCUAUCAAAAGGAUUGAAGUGGGAGAGGAAAUUGCUGAAGAAUUGAAGUCGACGGGUGAUAAGUUGAAAGAUGAGAAACUAGUCCUCGAGCAAGAACUGGAAGCUGCGAAAGGAGAAAUUUCCAAUCUGGAGCAGCUAUUGGAAUCUACAAGGCAGGAAAUGAGCAGUUUAAGUCACACUCAUAGAGCUAUUGAGGAAGAAAAAGAUUCUCUAGCCUUGAAAAUUUUGGAGAUUUCAAAUGAGUUUAAGCAGGCGGAGAAUGCAAUGCAAGAACUCAUGGCAGAGUCAAGUCAGUUAAAGGUGAAACUGGGUGACAAAGAAAGUGAACUUUCAAAUCUCAUGAAGAAGCAUGAGGGUCAUGAGAAUGAAGCAUCAGCUCGAAUAAAGGGUUUAGAGGCUCAGGUAACAGGCUUGGAACUGGAGCUGAGUUCCCUAAGCACCCAGAGAGGAGAAAUGGAAAAGCUGAUUGAGAGUACAGCAACUGAAGCCAAACAGCUGGCGGAGGAAAAUUUAGGACUGAAAGCCCAGAUUUCACAGCUUGAAACGAUAUCAAAAGAGAGAGAAGAAGAACUUGCUGGUCUCUUGAAGAAAUUUAAGGAUGAUGAGAAUGAGUCAUUGUCUAAAAUAGCUGAUUUGACAGCACAGAUCAACAAUCUGCAGCUGGAGGUGGAUUCUCUACAAGCUCAAAAAGACGAAUUGGAAAAACAAGUGGUCCAGAACAGUGAAGAAGCAUCAGUUCAAGUCAAAGGCUUAACAGAACAGGUCACUGAACUGAAACUGGAAUUGGAAUCUUUACACAGCUUGAAAAUGGAAAUGGAACUAAUGCUUGAGAAGAAAACUGAGGAGAAUUCAGAAUAUCUUAUUCAGAUGGGAAAUCUGAAAGAGGAGUUGGUGAGCAAGGCUGCCGACCAACAGAGAAUACUGGAAGAGAAAGAGAGUUUAACAGGGAAGGUGAAGGACCUGGAAUUGGAGAUGGACUCCAUCCGGAACCACAGAAGCACACUGGAGGAGCAGCUAAGCAGUAAACACCAUGAGUACAAUCAGUUGAGAGAGGAAAAGGAGGGCUUGCAUGUAAGGAGUUUUGACUUGGAGAAAACAAUAACAGAGAGAGGGGAUGAGCUCUCUGCUCUGCAGAAGAAGUUUGAGGAUACAGAGAAUGAAGCAUCAGCUCGAAUCGUGGCAUUAACAGCAGAGGUUAACAGUCUGCAAGUGGAGAUGGAUUCUUUGCAUGCUCAGAAAGGUGAAUUGGAAGAACAGCUGAGACGCAAUGGCGAUGAAGCAUCAGAUCAGAUCAAGGACUUGAUGGGCCAGCUCAAUGAAACAAAACAGGAAUUGGAAUCUCUACACAGCCAAAAAACCGAAAUGGAAUUGCUACUCAAGAAAAGAACUCUAGAAAAUUCAGAGUUCCUGAUUCAGAUCGGAAAUCUGAAAGAGGAGCUAGCGAACAAGACUGUGGAUCAGCAGAGAACAAUGGAGGAGAAGGAGUGUUUGGCAUCGAAGGUGAAGGACCUGGAAUUGGAGAUGGACUCCAUAAGGAACCACAAAAGCGAACUGGAUGAGCAGCUAAGCAGUAAACACCAUGAGUACAAUCAGUUGAGAGAGGAAAAGGAGGGCUUGCAUGCUAGGAGUUUUGACUUGGAGAAAAUAAUAACAGAGAGAGGGGACGAGCUCUCUGCUCUGCAGAAGAAGUUUGAGGAUACAGAGAAUGAAGCAUCAGCUCGAAUCGUGGCAUUAACAGCAGAGGUUAACAGUCUGCGAGUGGAGAUGGAUUCUUUGCAUGCUCAGAAAGGUGAAUUGGAAGAACAGCUGAGACGCAAUGGCGAUGAAGCAUCAGAUCAGAUCAAGGACUUGAUGGGCCAGGUCGAUGAAACAAAACAGGAAUUGGAAUCUCUACACAGCCAAAAAACUGAAAUGGAAUUGCUACUCAAGAAAAGAACUCUAGAAAAUUCAGAGUUCCUGAUUCAGAUCGGAAAUCUGAAAGAGGAGCUAGCGAACAAGGCUGUGGAUCAGCAGAGAACAAUGGAAGAGAAGGAGUGCUUGGUAUCGAAGGUGAAGGACCUGGAAUUGGAGAUGGACACCAUAAGGAACCACAAAAGCGAACUGGAUGAGCAGCUACGGAGUAAACACCAUGAGUACAAUCAGUUGAGAGAGGAAAAGGAGGGCUUGCAUGUUAGGAGUUUUGACUUGGAGAAAACAAUAACAGAGAGAGGGGACGAGCUCUCUGCUCUGCAGAAGAAGUUUGAGGAUACAGAGAAUGAAGCAUCAGCUCGAAUCGUGGCAUUAACAGCAGAGGUUAACAGUCUGCGAGUGGAGAUGGAUUCUUUGCAAGCUCAGAAAGGUGAAUUGGAAGAACAGCUGAGACGCAGGGGCGAUGAAGCAUCAGAUCAGAUCAAGGACUUGAUGGGCCAGGUCAGUGAAACGAAACAGGAAUUGGAAUCUCUAUACAGCCAGAAAACUGAAAAGGAAUUGCUACUCGAGAAAAGAACUCAAGAAAAUUCAGGGUUCCUGAUUCAGAUAGGAAAUCUGAAAGAGGAGCUAGCGAACAAGGCUGUGGAUCGGCAGAGAAUGCUGGAAGAGAAGGAGAGUUUGGUAGCAAAGGUGAAGGACCUGGAAUUGGAGAUGGACUCCAUCCAGAACCACAAAAGAGAACUCGAGGAGCAGCUAAGCAGUAAACAUGAUGAGUACAAUCAGUUGAGAGAGGAAAAGGAGGGCUUGCAUGUUAGGAGUUUUGACUUGGAGAAAAUAAUAACAGAGAGAGGGGACGGGCUUUCUGCUCUGCAGAAGAAGUUUGAGGAUGCAGAGAAUGAAGCAUCAGCUCAAAUUGUGGCAUUAACAGCAGAGGUUAACAGUCUGCGAGUGGAGAUGGAUUCUUUGCAUGCUCAGAAAGGUGAAUUGGAAGGACAGCUGAAAUGCAAGGGCGAUGAAGCAUCAGAUAAGAUCAAGGACUUGAUGGACCAGGUCACUGAAAUGAAACAGGAAUUGGAAUCUCUACACAGCCAGAAAACAGAAAUGGAAUUGCUACUCAAGAAAAGAACUCAAGAAAAUUCAGAGUUCCUGAUUCAGAUCGGAAAUCUGAAAGAGGAGCUAUCAAAGAAGACUCUGGAUCAGCAGAGAAUGCUGGAAGAGAAGGAGAGUUUGGUAGCAAAGGUGAAGGACCUGGAAUUGGAGAUGGACUCCAUCCAGAACCACAAAAGCGAACUCGAGGAGCAGCUAAGCAGUAAACACCAUGAGUACAAUAAGUUGAGUGAGGAAAAGGAGGGUCUGCAUGUUAGGAGUUUUGACUUAGAGAAAACAUUAACGGACAGAGGGAAUGAGUUAUCUGCUCUCCAGAAGAAACUUGAGGAUGGGGCGAGUGAAGCAACUGCUCAAAUUCUGGCCUUAACAACACAAGUCAACAAUCUGCAACAAGACAUGGAAACCUUGAUUGCUCAGAAAAGUGAAUUGGAGGAUCAAAUAGUGAGCAAAAGCAAUGAAGCUUCAGCUGAAAUAAAGGGCUUAAUGGACCGGAUCACUGAGAUGCAACAGGAAUUGGAUUCUCUAAGCAGCCAGAAAACCGAAAUGGAAUCACAGCUCGAGGGAAAAGUUCAAGAAAAUUCAGAAUACUUUAGUCAAAUAGGAAGUCUGAAAGACGAGCUAGUGAGCAAGGCUGCGGAUCAGCAGAGAAUGCUGGAAGAGAUAGAGAGUUUAACAGCACGCUUAAAGCACCUGGAAAUGGAGGUAGAGUUGAUUCGGAAACACGAAUGCGAACUUGAAGAGCAUAUAAGAGCCAAAGACCUGGAGUUCAAUCAGUUGAGAGAGGAAAAGGAGGGCUUGCACGUUAGGAGUUUUGACUUGGAGAAAAUAAUUACAGACAGAGGGGAUGAGAUGUCUACUCUACAACAGGAGCUGCAUUCCUUGCAGGAUGAGAAAAGCCAAUUGGAGUUACAGAUCCAGAGACAUAAAGAAGAAUCUUCGGAAAGCCUGACAGAAUUGGAGAAUCAGAGGACGGAGUUAACCAGCAAGGUUGAAGAACAUCAGAGAAUGCUAAGAGAACAGGAAGACGCAUUCAACAAGUUAAUGGAGGAGUACAAACAAUCUGAAGGUUUGUUUCACGAGUUCAAGAAUAACAUGCAAGUCACAGAAAGGAGGUUGGAAGAAAUGGAGGAAGAGUCCCGCAUUCACCUUGAAUCCAAAGCCCACAUAAUUGCUGAUUUUGAAACCAUGGUUGAAGACCUGAAAAGAGAUCUAGAAGUCAAAGGAGAUGAACUCAGUACUUUGGUGGAGGAGGUCCGCAAUAUCGAAGUUAAGCUCCGCUUAUCAAACCAGAAGCUCCGUGUCACAGAACAAUUACUAUCCGAGAAGGAAGAGAGCUACAGGAGAGCAGAAGAGAGGUUCCAGCAAGAAAACAGAGCACUUGAAGGAAAAGUUGCAGUAUUAUCAGAAGUAAUUACUUCCAACAAUGAAUCCCAUGUCAGGAUGAUCACAGAUAUCUCAGAGACAGUAAACAAUACCUUAGCUGGACUUGAAUCCACAGUUGGGAAAUUUGAGGAAGACUCCAUAAACUUCAAGAACCGCAUCUCUGAAAUAGCAGGCGAAGUUCAGGUUGCAAGGAACUGGGUGAAGAUGGCCAAAAGUGAGAAGGAACAACUGAAGAGUGAGGCAAGUAACCUAGUGGAACAACUAAAAUAUAAAAAACGGAAGGAAGAAGGUGAGAAGGAGAGCCUGAUAAAAGCUGUGAGCCAACUUGAGAAGAAGGUGGGAGAAUUGGAGAAGAUGAUGAAUUUGAAGGACGAAGGUAUCUUGGAUCUGGGGGAGCAGAAGAGGGAAGCCAUAAGGCAGCUGUGCGUCUGGAUCGAUUAUCACCGUGAACGCUGUGAUUACCUAAGGGAAAUGCUAGCAAAGAUGAAUAUCAGAAGCCAGAGAACUUAGAAGAUUUUUCCUUUCUUUUCCUAAUAAUUUUUUAUUGGAACAUGCCCAUUUUGAUUUUUGUGUGAAGGUUUAUUUUGUAUUACUUCAAUUUUUUCAAUAGGGCGAUUAAGUGUGCGGAAAUGAAUAAUAGUAGCUGCUGAUUGAACAUAGAAGUUUUCAGCUUCCCCAUC